AUGGCGCAACAGUCGCUCCGGGACUCGUUCAACUCCCUAGGAUGGAGCCGCCGCGAUGAGCCGGUGAACACAGCACCACAGACAGGGCUUCUGUCCUCCAUCAGAAACAUGAACCCUUUCCAAGGGUCCGGCUAUGUUCGCUUGCCGACCGCCGAAAACCAAGGGGCACCUCUGCCAGCGCCUUCGAGACGAGAGGAGGAAGAAGGCUGGUUUGUCCUGAGCAGAUGGGACCGUUUGAUGGUCUUUGCGGCAUGCAACCUCGCCGCCAUCGCAUGUUUCGUCAUAUGUUUUACCUUGUUUCCGGUUCUGUCGCUCAGACCGCGCAAGUUCGUCAUUCUGUGGUCCGUCGGCUCUGUCAUGUUCUUGGCAUCCUUUGCUGCUGUUAUGGGCCCUAUGAACUACGUGUAUCAUCUUCUGUCGACGCCCAGGCUACCCUUCACCGCUGGUUACUUUGGCUCCAUCUGUCUGACGCUGGUCUUUGCUAUCAAGCUUCAAAGCACGAUACUGACGCUUUUCGCGGCCAUUGUGCAGCUUGCGUGCCUGGUGUGGUACUUGGUCAGCUACUUUCCCAUGGGCUCGACUGGCCUGCGCUUCGCCACUACCUAUGGCGCACGCCAGGCUGCGUCAUGGAUGGGUUGA